CGGCGGCCCCUUCGUUAGCAAAUUAGACUAUAGUACGUGUCACACGUGACAGUCAAUCAAAGGUCAAUCCAAAGAAACUAGAAUUCAAAAAUUCUAAAUUUCUGAAUACUUUCACUCUGAAAACAGCAUGCAGGCGAGACGUUACGCGAUGCAACUCUCGAUGCGACGCAAAUGCGACGCAAACUCGACGCAAACGCGACGCCAACGUGACGCAAACGCAACGCUCUGCCCGACGCUCCCAGCUCCCGCUAUCAAUAAGCCUCAAUAAUUAUUAAGGAUUCUUGAGUUGAAACACCAUAGUUUCGAUUUAUGAAAAAAUAAUGAAAUGACUGUGUCUCGUGUAAUAUUCUGGGGCGUGAUCUUUUUGUUGACAAAAUGACAGCAAACCAAAUAGCUGCCUGUACGACGAUUCUCGCUGGUCUAGUACUCUCGGUAGCCGGCGUAUAUUACUUCCAGAAGCGGAAGAAGAAAGACAUUGUUCCUUGUACAUGGGAGGAAGUGGGGAAAAUCACGCACCUGAACUUGUACCCCUUGAAAAGCGGCCACCGUUUGGAACUCCAAAGGGCCGAAUGUACCGAAUUCGGGUUGAAACAAACGAAAGAAGAUGAAGAGACCUUGCAAAUGAGAGAUAGAGGGUUAGUCGUUUAUUCCGAAAAAGAUCACGAAUUUCGAUCUGGAAGGACCUAUCCGAAAAUGACUCUAAUAGACGUUUCAGUCCACGAUGAAAACCAUUUGGCCAUAGAUGCACCAACAAUGAGGACUCUGUACGUCGAAAUCCCGACCAAAAACGGUCAAAACCAAACAAAAAUUAAACUCCACAAAAACGAAGAAAUUCCUACAAUAGACUGUGGAAACGAGGCAGCACUGUGGCUUUCUAGAUACAUCUUAGGAAAGGACACGGGACUACGAUUAGGCUACCACGACGCUAGUAGCAGAAGAGAUAUCACAAAGACUCAUAACAUUGCUCUUGAUUUUUACAAGGAUCUCAGCAACUCAUCUACUGGGUUAUAUGCCGAUUUGGCAAGCACGAACUUGAUAAACCUAGCUUCCAUUACCGACCUGAGCGCCAAACUGAACAAUUGCACCAUAACCGUCAAUAAUUUCCGACCGAACUUUGUCGUGGACGGUCCUAACCUCAAACCUUACGAGGAGCACGACUGGCACUGGGUGAAAAUAGGCGAUGUCAUACUGAAGAACGUCAAAGAUUGCACCAGGUGCAUCUUUACGACAGUCGAUCCAGAGAGCGGUAUCAGGAAUGCCAACAUGGAACCUUUCAAGACGCUAGGAAAGUACAGGUUAAGCGAUGGACCAGACAAUUUACCAGUCAUGGGUAUCAAUCUUGAAGUGAUAAAACAAGGUUUAAUUUUUCUUGGCGAUAAAGUAUCCGUAGCCAGAAGAAAAUAAUUCAAAGCUACAUCAGACAUUAUGUUCCAUGUCGUUAUUAUUUGAGUGAUUUAUAUGAACUGAAUUGUAAUUGGAUCAAAUUAGUAGAUAACAU